AUGACAGGAUGUUUUCUCUGUUUUAUUACGAGACAUGAGUAAAAGGUGUCUUUCCCCGCCGUUUCAAUGGGACUUGGCAUGUGUCCGUAGUGUGAGUUGUCUGUUUUGACUGUUGCUGAAGGAAUGUGUACUCACAACUCUUCAUCUGUCCUUUUCACCCUUUUCAUUAUUUAUCUCUCUCUCUCUCUCUCUCUGUCUCUCUCUCUCUCUCUCUCUUUUUGUCUGUCUUUCUCUCUCUCCCUCUAUUCACUAUGGUUUCAUGAUUUUGUAUAAAUAUUUUUUGAUGCGCGUUACCAAUACAUCAACACACCUAACAGCAGUGCUGCCAGAUCUACAGUGCUUUCAGAAAGUAUUCACGACCCUUGACUUUUUCCACAUUUUGUUGUGUUACAACCUGAAUUUAAAAUGGAUUAAACACAGAUUAUUUUGUAACUGGCAUACACACAAUACCCCAUAAUGUCAAAGUGCAAUUAUGUUGUAAUUUUUUUAAACAAAUCCAUUGUAAUUGAAAAGCUGAAAUGUCUUGAGUCAAUAAGUAUUCAACCCCUUUGUUAUGGCAAGCCUAAGUAAGUUCAAGAGUAGAAAUGUGCUUAACAAGUCACAUAAAUUGCAUGGAUUCACUCAGUGUGCAAUAACAGUGUUUAACAUGAUUUUUGAAUGACUAGCUCAUCUCAUUACCCAACACAUACAAUUAUCUGCAAGGUCAAGUAGUGAAUUUCAGACACAGAUUCAACCACAAAGACCAGGGAGGUUUUCCAAUGCCUCGCAAAGAUGGGAACUUAUUGGUAGAUGGGUAAAAAUAAAAAAAUCAGAUAUUGAAUAUCCCUUUGAUCAUGGUGAAGUUAUUAAUUACAAUUUGAAUGGUGUAUUAAUAAACCCAGUCACUACAAAGAUAAAGGCAUCCUUCCUAACUCCGUUGCCGGAGAGGAAGGAAACCGCUCAGGGAUUUCACCAUGAGGCCAAUGGUGACUUUAAAACCGUAAGAGUAUUUAAUGGCUGUGAUAGGAGAAAACUUAGGAUGGAUCAACAACAUUCCUAGAGGAAAACCUGGUUCAGUCUGCUUUCCACCAGACACUGGAAGAUUAAUUCACCUUUCAGCAGGAUAAUAACCUACAACACAAGGCCAAAUCUAAACUGGAGUUGCUUACCAAGAAGGUAGUGAAUGUUCCUGAGUGGCCGAGUUACAGUUCUGACUUAAAUCUACUUGAAAAUCUAUGGCAAGACCUGAAAGUGGUUGUGUAGCUCAUGACUCAGGGGUGUGAAUACUUAUGUCAAUUAAAUAUUUAUGUAAUUCAUUUUCAAUAGAUUUGCAAAAAAUGUCACUGUCAUUAUGGGGUACUGUGUGUAGAUGGGUAAGAAAAACAAACAUGUAAUCCAUUUCAGGCUGUAAAACAACCAAAUGCAGAAUAAAUCAAGGGGUAUGAAUACUUUCUGAAGGCAAUGUAUAUGCUCAGUCCUCCAUUGACCAACAAUUACUGUAAAACCUCAUCCCUCUCUCUCUCUAUCCCCCUCUCUCUCCAGGGAAGGAAGAGUCGGUAGCCACCUUCAAGGGGAACGAGUUCUUCUGCUACGACCUGUCACUGACGCCCAUCCAGAGUAGCACGGAUGAGAUCACGCUCUCCUUCCGCACGCUGCAGCGCAACGGCCUCAUGCUGCACACGGGCAAGUCGGCCGACUACGUCAACCUGUCGCUGAAGAGCGGCGCCGUGUGGCUGGUCAUCAACCUGGGCUCGGGCGCCUUCGAGGCGCUGGUAGAGCCUGUCAACGGGAAGUUCAACGACAACACCUGGCACGAUGUGCGCGUCACCCGCAACCUGCGUCAGGUAAAGAGACACAACGUGAUUGGUCCAUCUUCUAUGCAGCGUUUCUCUCUCGCUUUCUGAAUCGUUUUGUCUUUCUUAUCUCUCUUUAUCGUUCUAUCUUUCAGGCUAUUUUAUCUCUCUCUUCUUUCCCUGAUGUUGGUUUUUUUCUCUUCCAGUUCCAGGGUUGA